CGCGGGCUUUGAGACCAUGCGGAUACCGCUCCUACAGGUGGGCCAGCCAGCCACUUCCACACGCAGUUGGAAAUCUAAGUUUCCAAGUGAAUUGCUGCUUGGGUCGAGCUCUCGUUCCUUCUCUCCUCCGAGGAAUGAUGAGGUGAUUCGGAGCACCAACAAUGGGACCGAGCAUGUAUUGAUGCUUGCCACGCAGAACCUAAACUCCAAAGCAACCCUGGACCUUCAGAACGUGGAGGAGAAGUAACUCCAAAACGUCUCGCUGUUUCAAGGAUGUUCUUCCCAGAUGUGCCUCUCUCAGCCAUCAAUUACGCGCUCGUGUUGGGAAUAACGUGUCUGACGGUCUUCUGCAACUUCACCAAAAGUUCCUCUGAGUUUUCAGAUUACCUAUCCAAAGUUUUGAGGAACUACACUGAGCAGGCUUGUGACGGCGACUUCCUGUCGGUCCGCUGCCCGCCCCGCACCACCAUCACCGUCCAAUCGGCUUUCUACGGCAGGAAAGGCCCCUCCCACCCCCAGCAGUGCCCGUCCUACCAGAGAUACACCCUUGUAGGGACACACCCACUGGAGGAUGACACAUAUUGUUACAUGUCCACUGCACUACAGAAAAUGUUGGAUGAGUGCCAGGACAGGAGGAUCUGUCAGGUCCUUGUCAACAGUCGUCUCUUCGGGAUGGACCCGUGCCCCAGUAGCAGCAAAUACCUCAUUGUGUGGUACAAAUGCAUGCCGAAUGAGUAUAAGAGUACGGUGGUGUGUGAGGAGGAGAGGAUGAAGCUGAGCUGUAAACAGGGGAUGCAGAUCGCCGUCUACUCUGCCAUGUUUGGUCGAACCCAACAGGGGACCCUGGAGUGUCCUACCCACCACAGGACACCCUCCGUAGACUGCCAGUCGGGCGUGGCUCUCCAAGUGCUGAUGGCCCGUUGUCAGGGGAAACGGAGCUGUUUGGUCCGGGCAUCCACACGAGAGUUCGGGGACCCCUGCUACUCUGGCACCAGGAAAUACCUCAGUGUCAUCUACACCUGUGUCCCAAAGAAUUUGCUGCAGCAGGUGCCCAGCCCCAGAGUACCAGUGUUUCACCCCCCAUCGCCCGGGGCCCAUGACCCAAACGUGGUUGGAGACAGUGCUCCUCCUGAUGAGACGUCGGGCAUAACCUCUGACACUGUGCUCUCAGUUAUCCCUUCAGGCAAGAAGAAGCGAGGGAGAGAGUCAGGCUCCUACUCUGGGGAGGUGAAGACGAACGAGGAAGGAGUGGAGGAGAGCGCCCCCCAGCCUCCGGACAUGAACCCUGUAAUCAACUCUACGACGGGCAGCACCAACAUGGCCCUCAUCAGUAGCACACUGGCAGCCUACAACUACAUAGCAGGUACAGCAACAACAUUAUAGAAAGUACGGCAACGGUCACACAAUGUUACAGCAACAUAGCAAGUACAGCAACGUUCACAUGUCACAGCAACAUAGCAGGUACAGCAACGUUCACACAACGUCACAGCAACUUUGCAUUACCACAAUCUGUGCUGACCGUGAAGUAGAGAAGAGGUUAAUGUUG